GUGUAGACCCAGGACUAAAUGAUCACAUGGCCAAGGAGCCAGUGGAAGACACAGACCCCAGCACUUUCUCUUUUAACAUGUCAGACAAAUAUCCCAUUCAAGAUACGGGACUCCCUAAAGCUGAAGAGUGUGAAACUGUUACUUUGAACUGUCCACCAAAUUCUGAUGAGCAACAUCAGGGAGAAGAAAAUGGCUUUCCAGACAAUAUUGGAGAUCCCCUGUUAGGUGUCAGCAAGGACCAUCCCUGCAAAGAAGACUGUGCUUGUUCCUCCUGCUCACUGCGGGCCCCCACCAUCAGUGACUUACUCAAUGAUCAGGACUUGUUAGAUGUGAUCAGGAUAAAGCUAGAUCCGUGCCACCCAACAGUGAAAAACUGGCGGAAUUUUGCAAGCAAAUGGGGCAUGCCCUAUGACGAACUGUGCUUCCUGGAGCAGAGGCCCCAGAGCCCCACCUUAGAGUUUCUGCUGCGCAACAGCCAGAGGACGGUGGGCCAGUUGAUGGAGCUGUGCCGUCUCUACCACCGCGCCGACGUGGAGAAGGCCCCGGUUCUCCAGGCAUGGGCCUCUUGCACAGCGGAGCAGCCACAGCCAAGCAGGAAUGUGAACCUGUUCUUUGUAAGAGUUUGAGAUUGAGGACGUGGAAUGGUGGGCAUUGUUUUCCUCCAAGGCUGGUGGUUUUGUGGAGGGGUACUUUCUGUUUUGGUGGGAGAUCAAUUUGUUCCUUUUUGCACAUCUGAUUUAAUUUAAUAUUUGAAUGUGGAAUUGGGAAAGAAUAUUUUAUAGACUUCCAUAAGGGCCAAAGGCUACAGUCAGGGUGGAUUCCUGUCAUGAUGAAAAUAAAAUGAUCCUUUCAAGUACUGCUGAAGAUUUCAGUGGGACGCAAGACUGUUGACGGCUCCAGUUGUAGGUACAUCGUCACACACAAGCACCUUGUUGACCAGUGACAUGCACAGCCUAGCAGAAGACAGCAGUGAGCAGAUACCCCGUUUUGUCUCUUUGUUACUGUUUUUGUUAUCAGGUGCUUAGGUGAGUAAAAGGACGCUGGUACUAUGUGGACAGAUGCUGGAGACCACACGUGUCAUCCUUUUAUUCCAAAUCGUAUACCCUGUCGACAGUGUCAUUUGCUUCAGUAUUUUCAAAAGUAGAACAAAAGUUGAUAGUUACUG